CGUACGAAACUGUUAACACGUGUCAAAGCAAUGAAGUCUUUUAGGUUUUAUAUUUAACAACCCGUUCGAACCCGAUGGCAACAGCUAACGGUCACAUUUUCGUUCGGCAUCAAGAUAAGAAAUCGAAACAAAAAAAAAACUUGCAGACACGAUUGUAAUUGAAAAGUAAUAAAUAAAACGUCUGCGUGUAUUACAUAUAUGCAACGAGUGAUAGGUCAUCGUCAGGGAUACUGAGUCACCAAAACACAAUGCGCUUCGGUUUUUUUUAUCCAGAUUCAAAUCGAUGUAUGCACACUUCUAUCGUGUAUUGCGAACACUACAUUACCUCACAUGAUAAUCACAUUACGUCUAACAUAAUCGAACCACGGUCCAAUUAAUGUGACCAACUAAUACGUACCUGAUCCGAUUGAUUCGAUUUCAGCAAUCGCUUUGUGCAUGCGAGCGCUUUCAAUAGCCAAAUCAUUCAAUACUCUCUUUUGAACCAUCGUAUCAUCCAGUCGGACAUUCUGGAACUAGUUUUUUUCGGCCAACCACACUAAGUUUAUAUGUUUUUACAUUUCUUUUUAAAGUUCAAAUCAAAAUUUAAUAAUUCGAAAUAAUAAUAUAAAUUAUUUAAUACAUUGUUUUCGUGUGAAAAUUCACAUACAAAAUGUUUUCGUUUUUAUCGAGAGUUCGUUUUAAAAUUUCCAUCGUAUUUUGUUGCUUUGUUCUCUUCUACAUUCGAUAUUGUGCUGGUCAAAGUUCACAGAAUAUUAACGUCCUGUUCAUCAACGAAGUCGACAAUGAUCCCGCCUCUCAGGCUCUCGAGAUUGUGAUGAACUAUAUAAAGAAAAAUCCAUCACUCGGAAUCUCAUUACAGGUCGUGCCAAUUGAAGGAAACCGAACUGAUUCGAAAAAAUUCUUGGAAAACAUUUGUUCGGUCUAUACGGAGGCAGUGAAGAACAAUAUGCCACCACAUAUUAUUUUCGAUACGACUAUAACAAAUGUUGCGAGCGAGACGGUGAAAUCCUUAACAUCGGCUUUAGGUAUACCGACAGUGAGUGCUUCAUUUGGUCAAGAAGGCGAUAUUCGGCAAUGGCGUGACCUUACCGACCAAAAACGCCAAUAUUUAUUGCAAGUGAUGCCACCAGCUGAUAUUAUUCCCGAAGUCAUUCGAUCGAUAAUUAUCUACAUGAACAUUACAAAUGCCGCCAUUCUCUAUGACGAAUCUUUUGUUAUGGAUCACAAGUACAAAGCGUUGCUACAGAACAUACCAACACGUCACGUUAUCACAGCCAUAGCAAAACCAGCCGACAGACCUCAUCAGAUUGCAAAACUGCGAAAUCUUGACAUAAAUAAUUUCUUUGUUUUGGGAAGCUUACAAUCAAUCCAAGAUGUAUUGGACUCCGCGCGAGACGAAUAUUUUCAACGGAACUUCGCUUGGCAUGCCAUCACCCAAUACAGCGGCGAAUUGACUUGUAAUUGUAAAAAUGCCACAAUCAUCUUCUUAAAACCGGUCCCUGAUCAAAUGGCAAAGGAACGACUGGGAUUAAUGAAAACCACGUACAAUUUGAAAAAAGAACCAGAAAUCUUAUCAGCCUUUUACUUUGAUUUGGCCUUACGGACCUUUCUCGCCGUUAAGGAAAUGUUAUUAACCGGAACAUGGCCAACAAACAUGCAUUAUUUGACUUGCGAUGACUAUGAUGGAACAAACACACCCGAUCGAGCCAUUGAUUUGAAAUCAUUCUUUGUCAAUGUUAAAGAGCCGGCGACUUAUGGAAACUUUAGUUUUCCAUCUGGAAAUACGCCAUUCAAUGGUCACAGCAUGAUGAAAUUCGAUAUGGAGAUCAAUGUGGUGUCGGUCCAAGGUGGAGCUUCGGUCAGCACUAAAAAUCUAGGCAAUUGGACGGCCGGUCUGACCAAUCCCAUUGUUGUUAAGUCGUCUGAUGACAUGAAGAACUUCACCGCCGCUAUUGUUUAUCGUGUUUACACCGUUGUGCAACCCCCAUUCAUAAUGCGUGACGAGACAUCGGAAAAAGGAUUCAAAGGCUACUGCAUUGAUUUACUCGACGAAAUUGCCAAUUUGGUUAAAUUUGAGUAUACAAUACAAGAGGUUGAGGAUAAAAAAUUCGGCAAUAUGGAUGAAAAUGGUGAAUGGAAUGGUAUCGUACGAAAACUAAUCGACAAACAGGCUGACAUCGGUCUUGGUUCCAUGUCUGUGAUGGCUGAACGUGAGACAGUUAUCGACUUUACGGUUCCUUACUACGAUUUAGUUGGCAUAACAAUAAUGAUGCAAUUACCAAGCACACCAAGUUCGCUUUUCAAAUUUUUGACCGUAUUGGAAACAGAUGUGUGGCUGUGUAUUCUAGGCGCCUACUUCUUUACAAGUUUUUUGAUGUAUGUUUUUGACCGGUGGUCACCAUACAGUUAUCAAAACAAUCGCGAUAAAUAUGCCGAUGAUGAUGAAAAACGUGAAUUCAACAUGAAAGAAUGCUUGUGGUUUUGCAUGACUUCUUUGACUCCACAGGGAGGCGGUGAAGCACCAAAAAAUCUAUCUGGAAGAUUGGUUGCAGCGACCUGGUGGCUUUUUGGAUUUAUAAUCAUUGCAUCGUACACCGCAAAUUUGGCAGCCUUCCUGACUGUGAGUCGCUUGGAUACACCUGUGGAAAGUCUCGAUGACCUGGCAAAACAAUACAAAAUCUUAUAUGCACCUCUAAACGGUUCUGCGGCUAUGACUUAUUUCCAACGUAUGUCACAAAUUGAGGGUCGUUUCUAUGAAAUCUGGAAGGACAUGUCGUUGAAUGACUCACUAAGCCCCGUCGAACGAUCAAAAUUGGCUGUUUGGGACUAUCCUGUCAGCGACAAAUACACCAAAAUGUGGCAGGCAAUGCAGGAGGCCGGGUUACCAAAUACUCUGGAAGAAGCUGUUUCCAGAGUUCGAAAUUCAACAACGGCCACUGGAUUUGCAUUCAUUGGGGACGCAACUGAUAUUCGCUACCUGGAAAUGACAAAUUGUGACUUACAGGUCGUGGGCGAAGAGUUUUCAAGGAAACCUUAUGCAAUAGCUGUUCAACAAGGCUCCCCACUCAAAGAUCAAUUCAAUAAUGCAAUUCUUCAAUUGCUGAACAAGAGGUAUCUGGAGAAGCUGAAGGAGGAUUGGUGGAAGAAUAAGAAACAAUGUGAAAAGGUCGAAGAUCAAUCGGAUGGUAUUUCAAUUCAGAAUAUUGGCGGUGUGUUCAUUGUGAUCUUUGUUGGCAUUGGAAUGGCUUGUGUUACUUUAGUAUUUGAAUACUGGUGGUACAAGUAUCGCAAAAUCACACCAAAGAUUACAAAUGUCACUGAAUCAUCGUCGAAUAAUGUUAACAAACUUGAGAAGAAGGAAGGCGGCUUCAUUCGCAGCAAAGAAUCGAUGGACGUGAAAAAUGUACUUCGUACAAGACUCACGAGUCAGUCAAAAAAUGAACCAAAAUUUUAAAUAUAAAAAAAAGAAAAGCAUCAUGGAUUCUUGAAUCAAGUCCUAUGAUUUUGCCGAAUGAUGGAAAUUAGUUUUGAGAAAAUUAAAAAUAGAUUUUAGUUUGCUAGCAACAUUUCAGCAGAGCCUUAAGAAAGCCUUUUGAACGAAAAUCAAUAAUCAAAAUAAUUUUCAAUGAAAUCAAUUUUUUUUGUGAAAAAUGCACAAUUUACGUGAGUCUAACGCACAAUUUGGCGUGCAAUAAUUGUAUAGUGUGAACAAAAAAAAUAAUGCACACAUUUAAACUGUGUUUAUGGUUUGUAAUUUUGUUUGGAAUAAAAAUCAUCAUUAUCAAUGCAAAGGAUAUACGAAAGGAUAUAUUUAUAAAUUAUAUAUAUAUUCUCUUUUGUAGUUUAUACAGGGAAAGUUGUCUGGACAUUUUACUAGUGUGUUCUUGAAAAUAAAUGUAAUCAUUCAAAAAAAUA